AUGAAUUUAGACGCAAGCAGCUUAAAUAUAUUUUGCCCUGAGCACAAUUAGUAUGUUUAAUAUGUUUGCUUAGUAAACUCUUGUUACUAAAAAUUAAUGUGCGAAAAUUGCUUAAAAAAGCACAGGGACGUACAUAGGAAUAUGCAUAUUCCAUUAAUGGAGAUGAUUAAUAAUUUUAAAAGGUUUUAAAAAAUUAAGCUAGAAGAGGAAGAUAAUUUAAGCGGGUACCACGAAUAGAUUAAAAAUGGAUCUAGAAGUUUAAGAGGAAAAGAUAGCAAACCAAGUGAGAUUGAUUAUAAUAUGAUGUAAUGUAUAAAUGGUAAAGACUAAGAAUAAAAGUUCACAUUAUUCAAUGAAAAAUCAUAGGUUAUUAAAACGAAAUUAACUGCUAACUAAGCGAAGAUCUUUAAUGAUGAACUUUAAUUGUUAAUUUAAGCUCAAUAAAAGAAAAUUUUAAAUUUCGAAAAGUCUAUGAUCGAGUCCAUGCAGAAUCAAUUGAAACGUGCUACUUCAAGAAUAGUUUUAGAGGAGAAAUUCAUUAAGGAAUCGUCUAUAUAGGUGAUACUUGAUGACUUAAAAAACAACAAUGAUAGAUAUAAUUAAUUGAAUAGAAAUCUCUAAAAGUUUCAUAAAGGAUAUCUAGAAUUAAAAAUAUCAAAAAAAAUAUUUAGGGAUAUGUGUGUAGAUACCCAGUAAAGAUUUAAAAUAUUUUCAAAGAAUCUUUCUACUUAUUUUGAUUAGGAAUACAAUAAACUAUUUUCAUUUAUGAUUGACACAAAUGAGGCUAUAAAUGAGUUAGUUGCAUUUGAAUAGCAACUGUUAGAGGAAUAAUAGUUACUUCAAUCUCCUACUAGCAUGUCUCCUAUAAAGCCAUUGGGAAGCAAUUAAUCAGUACUUACACCAGAUUUAUCGAAAUAGCUUAAAAUUCCUGAUAAGCACGAUCCUAAUUUUUAAAUGAAUAAAAUGAUAGAAGACUUGAAAAAGAUUAAUUAGGAUAUUAGAAAAGCUACACUGAAAACUGAAGUGUAUGCUCCAGAUUUAGUUAUUACAUAAACUGACAAAGUGUUUUCUUUUAAUCAUGAAAGCGAUAGUCAAUUAACUUCUUAGCUUGAACUACCUCAUGUAGGAGUGUCUCAAGUUUAGGAUGAUGAGUUUCAUAGUAAUAAAAGUGAUUAGCAAAUUAAUAGUAGCUCAGUUGCACGCAGACAACAAAGCGUUUAGAGUAAAAAAAAAAUACAGUUGAGCCAAAUUGCUAAUUAUUCUCCUAGCUAGCAACAAUAACAUUUAGAGAAUUUUAACACUAUGUAGAAAUAAGAAUUGCUACAAAGAGUCAAUUUUACUAAAAAAGAAUAUAAAAUAAAUCUCGAAAAAAUAGAAAAUAUUCGCUUUUAAAAUAUUUAAAAAGAAAUAGUUGAUUCUCACAAUUAGUUUAAUAAACAAAAAUCUUAGGGUUAUAUUUCUUUGAAAUCAUUAACUUUCUUGUACUCUGCACCUAAUUUAUCAGCCUUACAAAAUGGUGCUAGUGAAAGUACUUUAAAGCCAUCUUAAUCGAAUUCAUCACUUUCUUAAAGCACAUCUCCACUUAAAAAAUCAGUAAAUUUCAGAAUAACAACUCAGAAUACAUAAAAAAGUCCUGUUGUUGCUAAGUUUAUCUAAACUGAUUCAAGCGAUAACACACCAAUGAAUAAUAAGCAAAGUUAAAUGGUAAAUAAGCAGCUAUAAUAAGCUCAAAAAAUGCUGAGAUCAACUGAAAAAAGAGAUAGCUUCUUUUUAGUAAAAGAGUAGCCUUCUUAGACUCAAUCAAUAACUGAAAGCAGUGUGUGUUACGAAAUGUAAUUAAAAAGUGAUUAUAGAAAUGCAAACAUUCUAUUACUAUCUGUUAACCCUUAUCUAAGAGCAUAUGGCUACUUAGAUAUGCUGAAAAUUCCCUUUCAAUAGUUUACUCAUCCUUUCUAAUAAUAUUUUGCAAGCGUUUAGUCUAAAUAAAACGAGUUGAAGCUAAAAAAGACAGGCUCUUAAGAUUAAUUGGUUGAAAAACCGAAAAAAAGAGAAGUUAUUUUAACUAGAAAUGAAAAUAGCUACUUAAUCAAUUAUUAAAAGGAAGAAGCUCAAUAAGUUAUCGUAGGAUUUGAAAACUUACCUUAUUCUAAGUAUUUAAUUAUGCAUCAAAAUGGAAAUAUCCAAGUUUGGUAAUUGGCCCUUUCUCAGUUUACAUCUGCUCCUACUUAGAUAACUAAAGUUAAAGACUAUAACAUAGGUAGAUACAUUUAUUGCUACUCUGAAGUUAAUGAAAACGAAGAAUUACAUUAAAAAGAUUCUAAUAUAAACACGAAUAUAGAAACAGAUCCAAUUUUUAUAAUUGGAGGACAGAAUGAACUAAACGAAUCUACUUUAAGUAUUUUUAGAUAUGAGUCUGAUAAAAGUAAAUUUUUAGAUAUUGAUUCAUUCAAGUGCUUCCAUGGUCCUGGAGCCAUAUCUCAAAUGCAAGUUGUGCUUGAUAAACAAUUUAAGAAAAAGAAUGUACCUAAUUCUUUACAGCUAAUUACUGAUGUAUGCUAUGUGUUUACUUUGAAUUUAUUUGAUUUUAAUGAAGAGGCUGAAUUUGAUGAGUAGGAAAGUAAAAAUGUUCCUACAAUUUAAGUUUAAAAAUUACAGUUUCACAGAGAUAAGCAUGGCUCGACUGAAAAAAUGAUGAUAACUAAAUUUAAAAUAAAAAAUAACUUAAUUAUUUAAAGGAUAAUUUAUGAUUAAGUUAAUGAUUGCUUAUGGGGACACUCUGAUUAUAUGCUAUUUAAAUGGCGUAUUAAUUUAUUAAGCAAAUGCUUAGAAAGCUAAGAGUGCAUAACUUUAUGUACGAACUAAAACGACGUUAUAACUUCGAUGAAUUGUAAUAAUAAUAUUUUGAUGCUUUCAAGUCUAUAAGGAAAUAUUUGGGGAGUUGAUGUUAUGUUAAACAAAGUGAUUAUGACUGAUCUCCAGAGGAUAAAAUAUUCAUCAAUUAACCACUACAACAAAAUUUAAGGAAAAGAUCCAAUUUAUAUAAUAUCUGGAACAAAGAUCUACCUAACUCCAAAUAACUUAAGAAAUACUGCCAAAAAGAAUAAUUUAAAUAGCUCAAACAAUGGUAUUAAUAAUGAAGAUUUUAAUAAAACUUCUUCGUCAUUUAAUUCAACAUAAAUGUUAAAUGCAACUAAUUCCAGCAACCUAAGCAAAGGUAAAGAGUAAUAAGGUUAAAUAGCUUUGCCUUAGGCUUAGUCAUAUUUUUUAUACUCUACAUUAUCUUCUUCAGGAGUUAAAGUAUUCUGCUUUGACUCUGAAUUUAAGUAAGUAGUAUGCACUCUUUCAGGUUAAGAAAAUCACUUGUAAUAAUUUAUCGCAUUAAAUAAAGAAAAUAUGAUUCUAGCAGUUGAAGAUUUCAGUACAAUAAGAAUGUGGAAAAACGAAUAACUUUGA